AUGAAUGCUGACUUUAAGAACGCCUUCGAAGCUCUUCAUAGUAAGGUGAAACUAGUGAACGACUUCUCAUCUGGAAAGAAACUGAAGUCUGAAGGUUUCGACAAAGAGUUAAGAGAAGUAGCACAAAAUAUGACGAAAAUAACAGAUGCAGCAACGAGACAGGCAGUUCAAAGUGCCUAUGACGCCGUUAGAGCAACUGUUGUGGAAAGUCAAGAAAAAGAGUUACAACAGACCAAAACAGACCUAGUAAAUGCUUUCUUAAAAACGAAAAGUCAGGUAGGACAUUAUGCUGCAGAUGGAACAUAUGUGCCAGCUGGUGGAACUUAUAUACCAGCUGGUGGAACUUAUAUACUAGCUAGUGGAACUUAUAUACCACCAAACCCUCCAAGAGAAGCACCUGCACCAGGACUACCUAAAACAUUUACAUCGUCACAUGGACACAGACACAGGCAUGCACCAAAACCAACACAACAACCAACACCACAACCAACAGUUCAAAACACUGCACCACAACCAACAGUUCAAAACACUGCACCACAACCAACAGUUCAAAACACUGCACCACAACCAACAGUUCAAAACACUGCACAGCAACAACCACAAACAGAGCAAGGACAUAAAAGAAGUAGAGAACAAGGAAACCAAGAAUUCUUAAAAAUGCUUAAGGAAAAUUAUGGUUACCCAGAUACUCUUGACUUUAGUGACAGAUAUAAAGAAGCUAUUAGAAAGUUCAAGGAAGGAAAUACUGACCCGAACCUAUUUAGCU